AUGCUGGAUUUGCUGGAACACGAUCCCCGGCCGACAUUCCUUCUCGAUGGGAUAAAAUCCUUUAACAGCUGCGAUAUCUCAACCUCACUGGCCUACUGGAACCAGGCCCUGGCUAGUGUCAAUGGCGGACAAGUCUUGAGGAGCAUCAAGAGCGAAAACGUCACUGUUAUUACGGAGGAGCGACGACCACUUCGCUCAGAAUUCCAAACCUGGAUCGUUACAGAGGGAGAAACUGCCAAGUCAUGUACCUGUUUUGGCUACAGAUGGACGAAGUUCCUGCUUACAAGCCAGUGGAUAGUCGUAUACGGAGCGCCGACAGAGACCUUAGAACUUAAGGUAAAAGCAAAAUCAAACAACGCUAUCCUUACCAACAGCAUUUUGCAGUCAAGUAUCGCAACAUUUAACUGGACUGGCAGACUCUCUGGUGCGAGGAUGUCACUACACUCUUUAAGGCUUCGCAGCAUUGCGAAUAUUGUGAUGCAGGACCUACAGCUAGCAGUUGUGUUCUAUAGUUCGGAUCUCACAAUGGUUUACAAUAAGAGUUAUGUCAAAUUCCUCAGAAACCUCCAUCCCUGUAUAGGUCUUAGUGCUCGAGUCGCGUUAGGUACACUUUGGUCUAAAUAUUACAAGCCAAUUAUAGUUCGGAACCUUAACAGUAAGACUGUCGAGCAAACAGAUCUAGCUAUUCAUUUAGCCCGCGAGGACAUCAAGGAGGAGAUGUACAUUAACCUAAAAUUUAUCCCAAUCCUGGAUGCAGACGGUGCUGCAGUGGGACACUACGUGCCCUUAACAGAAACUAUAAGCACUAAAGAGGUUAUUUCACGAAGGCAAUCUCAAACACUCCUACAGCUCAGCGAAGAAGCCCCACGAGCACGGGACAUUAAUUUGUACUGGGCUCUGGCCACGGAAGUGUUCUCACGCAACAACAAAGAUAUGCUAUUUAUUCUACUCUAUUCUGUUAAGUAUGGUUUGAACAACUUAAAUUUCAGUGCUACACGCAUGUUGGGAGAACACCAGCAGUGCAUGCUGCAAGGCUCUAAGGACUAUAGCUUUACGCCGUACUUUCGACAGGCCAUAGCUGCACGUGAACCAAUAACAGUCUCGUUUAACAAGGACUUAGCGGCUGCUAAAUUACUCUCUGUAAUAUGCCUACUUAACCCAACUUCGUUAAAAGACAACAUCCUUGGAUUCAUGGUCGUCGGCCUGAACCCCUGCAGGCCCUACAACAGUAACUAUAGCCACUUUAUUUCUAUAGUUAGUUGUAUGCUUUUAACUUUGUUAACAUCAAUUCUUCUUCACAAGGAUAAUAUCAGGCGUAGGGAGAGUGCUAUCGCAAACGUUGAGAAAGAAGUUCAGCAAAGUGUACAUAAGAUCUUUAUCCUAGGUUUAAAUAGCGUGUAUUCGUACCGAAAUAAAGCUUGGUAUAGCAUACUAGGUACGAAUGACCGAAGUCUUGAACUCGAUGUGGCCUGGGACAUACUUGUAGAUGACGAGUAUAUCCCUAUUGGUAAAGCUAAGUUUCAGGCACUCAUCGACACGAAGCAGCAUCAGUCAUUCGAAGCGCGCUUGAAGCGUACUUCUAUACAAAGUCUUGGUGAUUCACAACCGCAUGAACAGCCUGUUCAACAAAAAUUGGGUGAGCAGGUGCAAGCUGCCCAUGCUCUGAAUGCUCAGGAGUCCAAACGCCAGUUGGAGAGUUUCAUCGACACUACUUCCCAUGAGAUGCGCAAUCCUCUCUCAGCUAUCGUACAGUGUGCUGAUAGCAUUAUAAGCACCCACAAAGCUUUGGGGAGCGUCACAAAUCAUCAUCGGAUUAACCAGAGCAUUUCGGAAUCUACCAUUGAUGCUGCUGAGAUCAUUGUGCAAUGCUCCAAGCACAUGAAGACCAUCGUAGACGAUGUGCUCACUAUGUCCAAACUGGAUUCCGGGCUCUUUGUUAUGACUCCAGUGGAUGUGCAAUUGGAGUCCGUUGCGAGAGAUGCCGUUAAGAUGUUUGAAAGUGAGGCCCGAGCAGCUGGCGUAGUGUUGGAGCUUCGUUUCGAGGAUUCCUGCAAGAAACUCAACGUUAAAACUGUUUCACUCGACCCAACUCGGGUAUUGCAGAUAUUGAUCAACCUCUUAACGAACGCGAUUAAAUUUACUCGUCUCGAGGAGAAGCGACAUAUUACCGUCAUUCUCGGUAUCGCCCAUGAACGGCCGCUGCAACACGCACAAGACCACGUGGAGUUCAUCCGCACAUCGGAAGCCACAGAGGCGUUGAGUCUACAGACAGAUUGGGACAAAGGAGGAAAUGUAUAUGUCAUCUUCGCAGUGCAGGAUACUGGUCGAGGUUUGAGCGACCCUGAACGCGAUCUAUUGUUCGCACGUUUUUCGCAAGCAUCACCACGCACACACAUCGAUUACGGUGGUUCUGGUCUCGGUCUUUUCAUCUCAAGGCGACUCACCGAGAUGCAUGGCGGUGCGAUCGGGUUCGCGUCGAAAGCCGGUGUCGGCAGCACCUUUGCGUUUUACGUGAGAAGCCGCGAUGCCACCGUCUCACAGCAACAGGAAGAAUGCAGCAACGAUGCGGUUGACCUUAGCAUUCGCACUCAAGAGUCCUUCCUUUCCAGCCAGUCGCGCAACGACGGGGACCAGUCACCAGCUCAGUUGGUCAAUACCGAAGUCGCCGCCUCGGACCUCUACGUCCUCAUCGUCGAAGAUAACAUUGUUAAUCAACGCGUGUUAGCGAAACAACUUCGGAACGUUGGCAUCAAUGUCGCAGUCGCGAAUCACGGCGGCGAAGCUCUCGAUCAUUUGCGUACGACGACCUACUGCAUCACGGAUGAACCGCGCGCUGAUAGACUUUCUCUCAUACUGAUGGACUGGGAGAUGCCGGUAAUGGACGGCUUGACUUGCGUGAGGCGCAUUCGCGAGCUACAGCAGCAAGGUGUCGUACAUGGCCAUGUACCAGUCAUAGCAGUUACAGCAAAUGUUCGAUCAGAACAGGUUGAAAUCGCGAUGAAGGCUGGAAUGGACAACGUGAUUUCCAAACCAUUUCGAAUACCAGAGUUAUUGGCGUGUAUACAGAAGACACUCCGAGCCAUGCUGUAA